AUGUCUACCCCUAGACCUUCAUCUUAUCAGCAACCAUCUCCUCCUCGGCCCCAAUACAAUAGAUCUUUUCAGAAGACAGUGGUGAAAGCCCGUAAGAGCAUUGAGGCUGAUCGCCAAGUUGAUCGACAAUUACUCCACUCUCACUUUCAGUCUAUUUCCAAGCUAGAAGCCACCAUGGGCCAACUAGCUACAUUUUUUAGUAGGAGAUAUGAGGGUAAGUUGCCAAAUCAAUCUCUAGUGAACCCUAAGGGCCAAUAUGGAGUAGAAUGUGAGUCGGCUGCUGUACCUUCGUCAUAUUUUGAGCAAUCCCAGGUUGUAAUCAUUAUUUGGAGUGGUAAGGAGGUAAACAAUAGAUUUGGGGAGAAGUUAAAGCAAGAAAAGGGUAGGAAGAAGAUGAGGGAAGAAUCCGAUGAUGAACCAUGUGAUCCUCAUUCUCUUAAUCUAGUAGCUGAUACCAAGACACCUACUUCCUCUAAUGAUGUAGCACUUCCCCAUUAUGUCUUUGCAAUGUCAUUCCCUGCAACUCUUCAUGCACCCUCAAAAUCUAAGAAGGAAACCAAUACUGAGUCCAUCAUGGACACAUUUAGGCAAGUCAAGGUUAAUAUUCCUCCCUUAGAUGCUAUUAAGCAAGUGCUUGCAUAUGCCAAGUUCCUUAAGGACUUGUGCAUACAAAAGUGCAAGUCAAGGGUGCACAUAAACCAGCAAGUUAGGUUGACUAAGCAUAUGAGCUCAAUUCUUUUAGGUCACCUUCCUCCAAAACUUAAAGAGCCCAACGCUACCACCAUCUCUUCUGUAAUCGGCAAUUACACCAUCGAUAGGGGUCUUUUAGAUUUGGGAGUGAGUGUGAACCUACUUCUGUACUCAAUCUACAAGCAAUUCAAUUUUGGAGAGCUAAAGCCCACCCCAGUCACCUUGAGUGUCACCAACCGAUCAGUAAAAAAGCCCCAGGGUGUGAUGGAGGACAUCUUGGUCAAAGUCGAAAAGUUCUAUUAUCCUAUUGACUUUGUUGUCUUGGAUAUGGAAUCAUCCGACCUAACCAAGGAUCUGAUCCCUGUCCUAUUAGGAUAA